AUGGAGUCCCCAGCAAAGCGACGGAGGGUCGAUGGUCCUGAUGUCGAACCUGACGAUGAAGAAGACACAGAAAAUGCUCCGAGAACACCCACCAGAGCCUCCUACCGUUCACCAACCAAGAGUUCCAUAGCACGAUCACAUCCACAUCUAAUCACACGAUCUGGGCGGCAGGCAGCGACAGAACCCAGAGGAAAGGUAUUGCUUGACGACAUACUAAAGAACAGACCUGUCGCUUCAGACGCACUGCAGACGGUAUCGAAGAUCGAUCAGUCUGCGGAAGAAACAAUCAACGACUCUGUCGCACAUCGAACAGACGAACACCCGGCAGAACAAGAACCUAAUGAAAGAAUCGAGAGGUCCGAAGAGACGAAUGGCGCAUCCUCGGAGCCAAAAUCGUCUCAAUCCGCGAUAGAGCGGCCAGUGUUACAAGCUAGCCGCAUCAAGAGGAGGAACGAUGAGAUGGCAUUCAGCCCGCCGAUAAUGCCUACCCUGAUUCGUAGGACAGACUCAGGGACCAGAGCGCGCUCAAGACCUGGAAGUGAUGAGCCUGAGUUGCCUCCAACGCCGGUAGAGCUAGGACUGAGCACUGCACCUGACAGGCCACGUGGUUUGGCCUCCAGCAGCAGCCCGAGGUCAAAAUCUGGCAGUGGAAGUCACCGAAGACGGACGAGAUCAGGAGCUCCAGUCACGAGCAGCCCGCUGAAGCCUAAGGGACGGCCACCCGGUCAAGACGGCAACGAGGCAUCGGAAAGUAGACCCAUAGAUGUCAAUGAGGCGGCAGAGAGUGAUAUCGAAGAAAGCGAAGACGAGCCUCCGAAGUCAGAUCACCGGAAACAACCAGAGACCGAAGUGGUUACACACUCAGAAAGCCAGAACGAUGAAGCCAUGAAGUCUCGACCAGACACAAAUGCCGAUGUGUCUGCAAAAGGUGCUACAUCUCAGGCAGGGGGCCAUUCCAGUGCACGCCAGGCUGAUGUUUCCGUGGCAAACGACCGGCUUCCUAACAACCUCCCGUCGGACCUGCAAGACAAGCAAGCAAGUCUCCGGCGUCUGCGAGCAGAGCUGAGUAGACUAAAGGAAGAAAACGAGACGUUGGAGAGAGUGAUUGGGAGCGAAGGGAAUCUUGAAGGUGAUCAUCUGGCCACGAUACUACAACUGGUUUCGAAGAAUGGUCCUCCGCAACCAAACAACACCAGAUCAUAUGCAACGCCUCCGGAUCUGACCAAAUUCUUGCCGGGCAAACUCGACUUCCGGCAUCAGACAGAGACUCUGAAUGUUGAAGGCCGAGUACAGCUAGGUCAUGAUUUGAAAGUCAGAGCCCCUGCUCCAUGGCCAGUGAGCGUGUUCGCUUUUGCUUUAGGAGUUGUCGUCGACAUAGAGAGCGGACAGGUCAAAAAAGUCAAACUGAAUGAUGACCGCCGUAAUCGACCUCCACUUGGGAAAGGCGCCAGAACUGGCAUACUGAAAUGGGCCAGCGAACGAAUACAGCCGCGCCCCGACUCUCUUCGUGUGCACCAAUUCGAUGUUGGCGGCACAAUCUGGGGCAUAGGGAAGUGGUUCGAGGCCGCCGUUGAGCGCGCCAAAACCUUCCGGCUACUGGACUUGCAGUACAAUAUGUCGGUCGACGAAGAUAUCUUGCGAAAGGAACACGACCAAGCAUUGACUCAGGAGACGGCUAUCGCGCUGUCUAAGUAUCUGGAGGUCAUACAGGUACAAUUUGAGGCCCACCCACCGGCUUUUCGAAGGGGCAGAGGGCUCAAUAAUGGCACUAUGAAAGCGAAGGUUUUGCUGAUCUGGGAUAUGAACGUUGACUGGACCGGCAGCAUAUCUUCUCGGAUCGAUCUCGUCCUGAGCGGCAUAUCAGGCAAGGCUGAAGGAGCUUUAAAGCAGGUCUUUUCCAGUCUCGUGCCGACGAAAGGAGUCCGUGAGGCUUUCACUGUGACGUGGAAAAUGAUUCAUGCCGAGGAUGAUGACUUUGAUGUUCAAAUAAAGGGGAAGACGCAGACGGAGAACAGCAACAACACUGGAGAAGGUGAAGCUGCAAUCACGACGGAGGGCAAAAGAAAACGUGCCGAGAAUGAGGCUGUUUCCUACGAUGUAUGA